AUUUCACAAGAUGAAGUUUUUAGUAACUUUAAUGUUUGCGGGGGCACUGUGCAUGUGCUUCGCCGAAGAGAAAAUCGAGUGUGGAACCAAAGGUAAAGGAAACGAAAGAAUUAUAAGCGGAGAAGAUGCUGAGGAAGGCGCAUGGCCGUGGCAGGUAUCGAUACAACUCAAAAGUAAUAAUCAUCAUUUUUGUGGUGGCAGCAUCAUCAAACCUGACUGGAUAGUCACUGCUGCUCAUUGUUUCCAAUCAAAUCCCAAUACUGCUGAUUACAAAGUCAUUGCCGGUGAGCUUAACCUGAAGAAAAAGGAAGGUGACGAACAAGUAAUGGACAUCGAGAAGAUCAUUGAACAUCCAAAGUACGACGAAUCAAAAAGACCUAAAUAUGAUUAUGACAUCAAACUACUGAAACUGAAAACCAAAAUUCAAUUCAAUGACAAGGUCCGACCUAUUUGCCUUCCAACAAAGCGCUUUAAGGAUGGAGGAAAUUGUUAUGCUACUGGUUGGGGAUACACUAAGGACUUUAAGGGAAACAAAAAUCUGAAGGCAAGCACUACUCUUCAACAGCUCAAAAUUCCCCUGGUUUCUGAUAAGACGUGCAAAUACGCUUUCAGUUCAAUGACCUCGCGCAUGAUCUGUGGUGGGUAUAAGGACAAAGGAAAAGGCAUAUGUAAGGGUGAUAGUGGUGGACCGCUGGCCUGUAAGAACAAAUCUGGUAUCUGGGACCUGGCUGGAGCAAUGAGCUUUGUACUAGGAAGUUGCGCUCAGCAGAAUACAUAUGACUUUUUUACCAACAUCCAUGAACUCAAAGGAUGGAUCGAAGAUCAAGUCAACAAAAAUUAGUAUUCUUACUCCAAAGAAACAAAUAUAAUGAAUGAAAGAAUAAACUGU